CUGAAAACAAAAGCUAAUAUUUCUGUCUAUUUCCGGUUAAAACCAGGACCGCUGCUAACACAGUGUUGCCGGAAAUCUGUAAUUUAAACAUGAUUCGGGGUUUAGAUUAGUGUAAAAUGCUAGUUUAAAGUAAAAUGAGAUCAGAAUCAGUUGAAACUGUGGCUGCUGGAGUCGCAAUAGCCGUGGUCUCCAGUUUUAUCAAUGGAUCUACGUUUGUACUCCAGAAAAAGGGCAUUUUACGUGCCCGAAAACGAGGGGAUUCCUAUUUAUUAGACGGUGUGUGGUGGAGCGGGACGUUCUCUAUGAUCUUCGGCCAAAUAGGGAAUUUCUUGGCAUAUAACACAGCCCCUGCUGUGGUGGUUACACCCCUAGGAGCCUUGGGUGUGCUGUUUGGGGCUCUGUUGGCUUCUCAUAUUCUCCAGGAGCAUCUGAAUAUCUUGGGGAAGCUCGGCUGCUUGUUGUGCUGCACAGGUUCUGUUAUGCUAGUCAUUCACGCUCCAAAGUCUGAAAAUGUGACCACAACAGCUGAACUGCUGGAGAGGCUAGAGGAUCCAGUGCUUCUUGCCUAUGUCUCUGUGGUUGUGCUGCUGUUGACUGUGCUGAUCGUGUGGCUGGCCCCAGUCCACGGGUCAUCGAACAUCAUGGUUUAUGUCGGCAUCUGCUCGCUCCUGGGAAGUUUCACCGUGCCCAGCAGUAAGGGGUUGGGCGUGGCCGCCCCUGACGCCUUCGCCGGAGGCCCCGACAGCGAAGGAGCUCGCCGUCUCUUCUUGGGCCUCUUGGGAACGCUAGCCGUCAGCAUCGUCAUUCAGUUUGUGUUCAUAAACAAAGCCCUGGAGAGCUUCGGCUCCAACAUGUUUGAAGCUAUUUACUAUGUGACCUUCACCUCCGCUGUCAUCCUGGCCUCCGCGGUCGUCUUCAGGGAGUGGACGGAGGUGGGGGUGGCGGACUGCCUAGGCAUGCUCUGUGGCCUCGUCACUGUGUCGGUGGGCGUUUUCUUGCUUCGCUUCUCCCAAGAGACAUCCAUCACCUGGAAGCAGGUUAAAGCGCCAGCAAAGGAGGACUAACUGCUGUUCUCAGACCUUCUCAGGAAACCACUGAGGAGGAUUAUAAGAUAUUAAUCCAUUAAUUUACUAUUUCAAUAAUGUUUAAGUAUUAAAUUAAUACAUUUAAUAUAUUUUAAUCUGUGAUGAGUAUGGGGUGCAAUACUCAUUGCAGUCCCACCUUUUCAGGGCACAGCAAUGUUAUAUAAGUGAAUGUAGUUAUGUUUUGUAUUUUGUUGCAUGUCCUUUGCAUACCAUGACUUCCUGAUGUCUGUGAACUAUCAACAUAAUCAUACUCAAAAUUGUUUCUCCUGAAAAAUGUUCAGGAGAGACAUUUAUGGGGGCAACAUGGCUCAGGCAGUAAGAGCAGUCAUCUGGCAGUCGGAGGGUUGCCGGUUCGAUCCCCCGCCCUGGCUGAUUGCCCGGUUUGAUCCCUGAGCAAGACACCUAACCCCCAUUUGCUCCUGAAGAGCUGGUCAGUGCCUUGCAUGGCAGCCUACCACCAUUGGUGUGUGAAUGUGUGUAUGAAUGGGUGAAUGAGAAGCAUCAAUUGUACAGCGCUUUGGAUAAAGGCGCUAUAUAAAUGCUAACCAUUUACCAUUUGUUUUCGCAUCUACUGCAUAUUUGGCAGAAGCAUGGUGGUUUGAGGCUCAUUUGACACUUGACUUAAAACCAUUUAGCUUUGUUCUAUACUGUGUUCCAUACUGUUUCCGUGUAAUGUACAGCUGAAUCUAGUCCCACACCCCAGUUCCCAUAGAGAUCCAUUCAAAUGCAAAGAGUUUUAGUAUCGCUUGUUGACGACCUGAACAUAACAUAUCCAGACUAUGAUGAAGUUGAUAUGUCACAGACAUCAGGAAGUCAAAGCAUGCAAAUGAUAUGCAACAAAAUACUAAGCAUGACUACAUUCACUUAAAUAACAUUGUUGUGUCUCAAACAUUAUGGUGCCCUGAAAUGGGGGGACUAUGUAUAAACACUGCUGUAAUUUCUACAUGGUGAAACCAAAAUGUAUUAAAAUGCCCUUUGUUCAAAUCUGACAAUGUGCACUUUAACCACCUGUGAUUUUUGUAUUACAAAUCUCAAAUUGCAAAUUUAUUGCAAAUAAAUAAAUGAUUUAAUGUCAUAAUGCCAAAGAU